AUGGCCGCCCCAGACGCAGAUGCCUACGAGCAACAGAAUGUGCACGAGGUGUACCAGCAGAUUGCUGAUCACUUCUCCUCCACCCGGUAUAAGCCAUGGCCCAUUGUGGAACAAUUCCUCCGAAAUCUGACUCCGGGCGCCGUGGGUCUUGAUGUCGGAUGUGGCAAUGGCAAGUACUUGUCUGUCAAUCGAGAUGUCUUCAUUGUUGCUUCCGAUAGAUCUGAGAAUCUGGCGCGGAUCGCGGUGAAGCACCAGCCGCAUUCGACCAUUGUGGCCGAUAUUCACCAUCUCCCGCACCAGAAUGCCUUCUUUGACUUUGCCAUCUCCAUUGCCGUGGUGCAUCACCUGUCGACUCCGGUACGCAGAGUCCAGGCCAUCGCGGAGAUUCUGCGGACCCUGAAGUCGGGCUCAGAGACGCAGGCCGGCGGCAAGCUCCUGAUCUACGCGUGGGCUCUCGAGCAGAAAACCAGUCGCCGUGGUUGGGAUAAGGGCGACCCGCAGGACAUCAUGGUCCCUUGGGUAAGGAAGGGUGGAUCAACCAAGGAAGGCACGUCUGAGGAGCCCCAGACAUUCCAUCGCUACUACCACCUAUAUGAGGAGGGGGAGCUGGAACGGGACAUCGACCAAGCGGGUGGCCGCGUAUUGGAAUCGGGUUAUGAAAAGGACAACUGGUGGGUUAUUGCCACACCCAAAGAUCGGCCGUGA